UCGAAUCCAUUUCGUAAUACGUUAUCAACGGUUAAUUGUCGUAAAUAUGAGGAAUUUCGUCGUAGAACAUAUGAUCGAAAUACAUUUAAUGGAUUCGCCAGGAAAAAGAAAAAAUUAGGUAAUACUGUAUUAAAUGGUACCGGAAGUGGAAGUGAAGGGGAAGAUGAAGAUGAAAAUAUAGAUUGGAGUUGGGUAUAUGAAUUAGAGAAAAAAAAUAAUCAUCAGAGCAUUGAAAAUAAUGCAAGCGGUGAUAUACCUUUAACCAUCGACAAUAACAGCUGUAUGGAAACAGAUGUUAAUAACAUAACGGAAUUAACACCAGAACCAAGUCAAAGUAUAAACAAUAGUUGCGGCACGAGUAGUAUUGUUCCAUCAACGACGGACGACAAUCAUUCUAGUGAAAUGUCAAAAAACGUAGAAAAUGAAAUCAAACAAGAAAGAUCAUGGUUGCGCAGUUCAAUGCGUCGUUUACGUCAUUUUCGUUUACCUGAUACUGAAGACAUACCAUCAACAAAUAACACCUCAACGAACCAACAACAACAACGUAUUAUAUCGACGCCGUUAAAUGUUACCGUCGCGACGCCUUCAAUAAUUGAACAGACGACGUCUGUAUUACAACAGCCAAUGGAUAAUUUUCGACAUACACAUCGUCGUGUACGACCAACAAGUGCACCGAAUCGUUUAAGUUUUUCACAAGAUUUUCAAAUAAAUCGACAAAUAUCUGUACAUCCUGCAGGUGAUACCGGUGAAGGUGUUGUGCAAAAUUUUAAUGUGAAUCCAAAUACGAAUAGUGUUUUGUUAGUGAAUCGUUCGCGUUCAACAAAUCGUGGUUAUCGGAGUAGUAGUAACGGACGAUCAUCUUCAUCGGAUUUACACCAUCAUCAUCAUCAUGGUGCAAGAAGUAGUUCAGAAUCAUCACGAUCACGACGACCGCGUAGUGUAUCAUCAACAGAUUCUAGUAUCGAUGAGGGAUCUAGUAUUGAUACAACUUCAAGUUGUACACCUACUGGUACACCAACACGAAAUACACCAGAUAUUACAGCUUCAUCACAAUCACGAAGAGUAUGCGAUCACACAACGGGCUCAACAAUCCCAACAAAUGGCACACAUACAAGUCGACAUCAUCGCGUAGAAGAAAAUACAAAUGUAUCAAAUAAUCGUGCAACAAAUACAGGACGACCUCCUGGUAGUGGGAGCGGCGGUGGUGGAGGAGGUGGCACAAGUAAUAGAAAUAAUAAUAACAAUAAUAAUAAUAAUAAUAAUGAAGAUCACCAACGAAGUCCAAUUGGACAUUGGAAACAUAGACUUUCUUCCAUGUUAGCUAGUCUGGGAUGCACAUUGGGCAUUUUUAAUAUAUCUAGAUUUGCAAUACUUAGUAUACAUUUUGGAGCUAAUUUUAUUGUACAAUUUAUGGUGCUAUCUGUUGUAUUUGGUAUACCAUUGUUUACACUUCAUACAUGCUUAGGUCAACAAUUAAAUGCUGGAGUGAUUGACAUGUGGCGUAUCUCACCAAUAUUCCAAGGUGUUGGAAUAGCACUUCUAGUCGCACAAGCUCUUAUUGGAAUGUAUAGUAUUAUUGGUGUAUCGUGGCUAUUUGUAUUCUUUCGCGAUUCGUUUAUAACCAAAAUGGAUAAUUAUAAAUGGGCAGAACCAUUCGAUAUAUAUCGUUAUGAUCAAAAAAAUGAAAACGGCACAUACAAAAUUACGGAAACUGUUCCCGAUUAUUUUAAUGGCCAAGUAUUACAACGAUAUAGUUUAGCUGGCUUUGAUAGCGAUUCGUUUGGUAAUAAUGUAAAAUUUCAAGUAUGUUUCAAUCUAGCUGUUGUUUGGAUUAUCAUUUUUGUAUCGUUAAGCAAAGGUCUAAAGUCGUAUGGAAAAGUGGUGUUUCUAUUCACGUUGGUACCAUUAUUUUGUACAUUUAUUCUCUGUGCAAAAUUAUUAGGUUUAACACCAACAAAUUCACGGCAUGGUGUUUUUUCUCAAACUUCAUGGCCUGAAUUUUUUCUAAAUACAAAGUGUUGGGUAGCAGCAUUUCAGGAAGCGUUUCUAACUUGGGGUUUAUUUGGAGCUGCAGCAAUGCAAAUUGCAUCACAUAAUAAACAUAAGCAUCUGUUACAACGUGAUACAGGACUGGUAGUUGUAAUUACCUGUACUGUGUUACUUCUAGCAGCAUUUUUAGCAAAUACGUGUGUUGAAGUAUUACAAUUUUAUGGGUACAACUAUUUACCAGGAUCUUUUGAAACAACUAAGUCAUAUAUUUUUAUGCGCAAUGUUCGACAACCGCUACCUCCUAGUUUAGCAACAACUCCUGUCCGAUAUAUGAUGCAUUCAUCGUUAAUAUUAGGUGAACGUGUGAUACGUCCUGGCAUUGAUCGAGGCUCUGAAAGUGGAUAUCAACCAUUACGAUUUGCUACUGAAUUAAUACCUGCUACGUUCACAAUUAUUGGACCGGAUCAACUAUCACCAUUUUGGGCUGUCCUAUUCUACUUUAUUAUGAUACUAUUUGGGAUUUCACAACAAUUGGCAAUCUGGCAUUGUGUUAUUACAGGCAUUAUAGCAAUUAAGGCUAAAGUUUUAAAAUCAUGGCAAAUGUCUAUUACGUUUUUCAGCUGUGUAACAGCAUUUUUAAUUGGAAUUAUGAUGACAACAGAGUAUGGAAUCUACGCGGUUUAUUUCUUUGAUUAUUGCGUCGGUGGUACUUGGUGGUUAUCCGUGUUAUAUAUGGUAUUUGUAAGUGCUGUGUUUAUGGUACGCGGGCGUCCUUACAGUGGUGAUUCAGUUGUAACAGCAUUAUUUACACCUGGAAGUCAUGCUUGUCUUGUACAAUGGGCUGCUCCACUUUUAUCAUUUAUUUGGAAUGUAGUUCUUCCUGUAGCAUUAGUUGUGUAUUGUAUAUCUACAUUUCGAAAUGGUAAUUUUCGUGAAUUAUACACAUGGCAUCAUGCACCGGCAUACGAUUAUUGGGCAUUAUGGGCGAGACAAUUAGGCAGUCUUUUACAAUUAUUACCAAUAUUAACUGUUCCGAUUGCCGCAUUUGUACAAAGUUAUAGAUAUCUAAAUAAAGGACCACCAGAUAUCUUAGAUGAAGAGGAAUUGGAACGUGAAAAUUAUCGAAUUCAAUUAUUAUAUCGACCACCGUUGGAUAGUGAACAUAUGGAAGAUUUAUCAUCCUACACACAUUCUAGGGGGGCACAGACCAAUACAACAAAUUCGGCCACCGCUACAGAUCCAGCAUUCGAAGAUCCACCACCAAAAUAUACACCUCCGCCAUCAUACACAACGGCAACGGGUGCAAGAAUAGCAAAAUUAUUACGUCAAAGUAUACGUCGUAGUGUACGACGACUUGCUAACGUAUUAGGCGAAAGCAGUGAAUCACGUGAUCAACAACAGCAACAAAACAAUCAACAACAAUUAUCAAACAUUCAACAACAAUUAGAACCUCCACCUCCGGAUUAUGCAGCUGUUUUGGUUGAAAUGAAUCAAUCACCACAUGUAGCCAUCAGUAUAUCAGAUACCACAGAAUUACCCCUGCCACCCACAGUACGAAAUGUUUAUAAUAGUGAAACAAAUCGUAGUUCAACAAUUGAUCGUAGAACUCACAAUCAUAAUUCAUCGUCAACAUUAACGGCUGCCGAAGUCGCAAGUAUAUUACGUAGUAGUAUUAGACGUAGUACAAUACGUGCAGCAAAUACGUUGCGUCGUAGUGUUGUGUCUGAAGAAAGUACAAGUGGUUCGUUAAGUGUUGUGUGUUUAGUCGAUGGUGCUGAACCAAUUGGACAAGAUUCAUUAACAAUGGAUCAAAUACAAAAAGACAAUAUAAAAAAUGAAAAUUUGUCUUCUGUGAUAUAGUUUUUAAAUAUUCAAUCAAAUAUGUUUUAUUAUUUUAACAAAAAAACUUACUUAACUAUGUGUACACCAAAUCAUUUUACUUAUAAACCUAUUCCUCUUGUUCAAAUCGUGUUAAUUAACCCCUACGCCCCUGUCUGUAGUAGAUAAGCAUACAAAACCAUGUAUUUUUAAUUAUCUCGUCGUUUUACGAAAUAAUUUUGAAUAACUUCACUUAUUAAGGGACAAAAAAGUAUCAACCAAUUGUGGAAUUAGGUUCGAUGCCGUCUUAGAUUGUCGCCCUAGGCCUGGAAUCUUAUCCUAAAUUCGCCUCUGAUUGUACCAAUUAUAAAAAUAGACUGUUAUGUAAUUAAUUCAUACUUUAAGUAGUUAAAUUAAUUAUUUAUUAACCGAGAUAUUAUUAAAAAAAGAUUCUCAUUUGAAGCAAUGCAGUAAAAAUAAAUACUUAGAACGGCGGGGCAAUUAAAAACACAUCACUCUGUAUUUUUAUAAUUUAAUUUUUUUGGCUUGGGUGUUAGGCGCUAUUACUAAAUAACACGUUUUGAACAAAGGAACUAGUAAAUUGAACCUGAAUUAAUCACAACAAUUUUAUUUUAUUAAUAUAAAAGACGCAUGCUUUGGGAUUGUUUAGUAAAAAUGAAGCAUACACUUCAUUACUCACCAAAAUCAAUCAAUAGACAUACUUGGCUAUAACUUUUUUACUUUAUGAGCAUUUAUUAUUAGUAGAUAAAACUUUGAAAGAUAUUUUUGUAAAUGGAGAAUGCAAAGACUUUUAUUAGUCUCUUUCAUUUUCUUAACUGAAAUAGAAAACGAAAAACAAAGAUUGCCCCACUGCAAUGGAGUCGAAUACAAAAAAAAAGCCAUUGAAGCUAUUUCUGUCUUUCAUUCUCUACUCACUUUCGAAAACGAAAAAUAUAUCUUCCUGAAUAAUUAAUUGGAAGGAAGCCUGAAUAGUUCAUAUCAAUUUAUGAAAAAAUGGCGCUACACUAGCUUAUUUUUUAAAUGUGUACUACCCAUAAGUAUAAAACCAACUUUAAAAAAGUGCACUUGUGACUUGUGUUUAUGGAUACAAACCUUUUUAAAAAUGUCAGUCGGUGAUAACUAUUCUUUAAUUAGCCAUCACCGAAACCAAAUAAUUGCCGAAACUGUCUGGAAUUAUUAAUAAUUGUAUAUCCGGAUUUAAUGAUAAUAUGACAAUGUAAUAUGUAGUUAGUUAAAAAUUUUUAUUAGUAUUAUUUAAAAAAUAUAAUGCUUUAAUUAGCCUUUUUCCUCAGAAGAUUAAAAAAAGAUCCGCUCGAUGGCAGGAUAUGAAAAUAUAGGAAAUGAAAAUUUUUGUAUCUCCCUAGUUCUGCCAUGUAGCGAAUCUUAUUUUAGGGAAAAGGCUAGUUAAAGCAUUAUAUUUUUUAAAUAAUACUAAUAAAAAUUUAUAACUAACUACCUAAUACAAAUUAUAAACAUUAUCAUAUUAUCAUUAAAUCCGGAUAUACAAUUAUUAAUAAUUUCAGACAGUUUCGAUAGUGGCUAACUAAAGUUAUCACCGACUGACAUUUUCAAGGUAUGUACCCAUAACCACAAGUCACAAGUGCACUUUUUGAAAGUUGGUUUUAUACUUGUGGGUAGUACACAUUUAAAAAAAAAGCUAGUGUAGCGCCACUUUUUCAUAAAUUGAUCAUGAACCAUUCAGGCUUCCGUAUGCGAUGACUAUUAUCGUCUUUACUAUUAUUGUUGGAUAAUUAAUUUAUUAAUUGUCUUGAGAGAUAAAAACCAAAAAAAAGACAGAUUAAUUUAUUCCCCCUAUUAAAUUUUGUAAUUUAUUUAGUCGUCACAAUUUCAUGGCUGGAUUAAUUGCUUAGGAGCUCCAGGGAAAGGAAAAAAGAGAAAAAACAUACAGAUUUACGAAGACUAAAAAAACGGCGCUAAUUUUCUCAUUCCGAUGAUAAUUGCAUUGCCUAUGAGUCUCCGGAUGAUUAAUUCGACCCUGUUCGUAUAUGAUUAAUCCGGUGUAACAUACAUUCUUAGUUUCAAAGAAAUCAACAAUUAAAAAAGUAAAUUGUUAUUGACUUCGGAGUUAUUUCAAUUUUUAUUUUUUACCAAGAUUGAUAUCAAUCUUGUUAAAAAUUUAUAUAAAUUCGUUCUAGGAUUUACAUCUACAUCUAGGUAUCGGAAAAUACGUAUCAGCCACUAAAUUUACUACUAAAAUAAAAAGCGAAUUUUUUCCUACCAACCAAUUAGCUUCCAAUAACUUAAUAAGUAUUAUUCUGAAAAUAGAAAUUUAAUAUAACAGUUCCUCUGGAGGAGAGAAUGACUUAUCUUUCUUUGAUCACUUUACUUGUUUCACUUCUUUUCACACUUUUAUAGGACAUAGAUUAAUAACUAAGGUCAUGCAAAAUAAAAAUCAAGUUGGAAGCUUAAAUCGGCAUCGAAAACAUUCCUACAAGUUCGUAAUCUAACAAAGUCUUUGUCAGGGAUUUUACAGGGACAGAACUUUAAACUUAACAUUUUUAUUUAUAUUUAAAAGAGUAUUUUAAUGCAAUGUUGAACAACGCAUGCGUGUUAUCGAAGUUUUAUUAUAAUGAGUGUUCAUGUUCGAGCUAUUUACCAUACUACAUUGUUUUUAUUUGUUCAUACCGUCAAUAUGUCGAACAUAAUUUAUGCGGUCGAGUAAUUGAAAAAUCGAAUUUUCCGGACACGCAUUUCCCAGAAAAGCUAUAGGCUACAUUUGGCUGUCUAUAUAUCACACAAAUUAACAUAAAAUACUCUUUAAAAUAAAUAAAAAAUUAUUACAUUUUAGCUGUUCUGUCUCAUCUGAGCUAUUUAAUUUAAGUUGAAAGUUAUACCAUUCUUAACGAAUAACCCUUUGCAAACACCAACAGACCAGAAGUCGUAUCAGAAGGUAGCUUUUAUAAAUAAAAUAUUUUAAUAUUGGUGUAAAUAUAGUUAAAGUGUAUUAUUAUAAAUAAUUUUAAAUAUAUGUAUAUUGU